AUGAGAGAGACAAGCUCUCUUAAAGGUAAACAAAUAGAAAGGAACAAAGAAAGAGAAUCUGGAACAGAUCGUCAGAUCAAACUUGUCAAAGUAUCUGCUUUAUGCUUGCCUCUUGCACAGCUUGAAUCCAUGAAUGCAGCUUCAAAUGACUCAACAGAAUCAGCACAGAGAAAUGGAAAAUAUGUUUAUACUCUAACAGUCCCAGACGAUUCAAACAAAACACAACGAAAAGAGAAGAAUGAGAGAGAAGUUUGUAUAGCAUCAAGUGCAGCUGUAGAAGCUCGAGAGCAUGAGAAGUCAGCUGAGGUAGAAGAAUUGUCCUCCACAUCAACUGAUCGAGACAGUGUCCCGAAGGAGGAAGUUGUGAGAAAUGCGGAUGAAAGAAAGACUGUCAUCAAGAGGUACAGUUCAUUCACAUGCUAUUGUAAUUUUAUUUUAUCCCACUUUGUUGUUAUAUUCAUUUCUUUAUAUCCAGAUGAAGUUGCAUGCAGGUCAAAAGAAAAAGAAGAAACACACAGAAAGGAGAGUUUGACAGUUUUGACAGCAACAGAUUCAGGUACUGCUACUUCUGAUUCAACAGAAAAAACACAGGGAAAUAAGAAAGAAGUUUUCACAGCAACAGGUACAGCUAUAGAAGGAUUUUCUGUUGACUCCAAAGACGCAACAGACAGAACGUCCCUAAUGAAUGCUUCUCUAAAUGGCAGCGUCCAAGCGGUGAAGGGUCUCAUUGAGAGAGGAGCAGAUCCGUCCCUGAUGAACGACGAAGGAUGGAAUGCGUUACAUUUUGCCGCAAAGGGUGGAGACACUGAUGUCAUUGAUCUUAUCCAUACUCACUUGCUAAACAUUGAGUCCGAAACAGCCCAGGGUUACACGCCACUAAUGGUGGCCACUUUGCAUGGCAAAUUACACGCAGUAAAAUGGUUUCUUGGGAAGGGGGCAAAUGUAACCUGUGUUGAUAAUAUAGGAAGGAAUAUGUUGCAUUUCGCCGCAGAGGGUGGAGACACUGAUGUCAUUGAUCUUAUACAUACUCACAUGCCAAACAUUGAGUCCAAAAUGGCUGAGGGCUGUACCCCACUAAUGGUGGCGGCUUUGAAUGGCAAAUUAAACGCAGUAAAAUGGUUUCUUAAGAAGGGAGCAAAUGUAGCCUGUGUUGCUAACAAAAGAAGGAAUAUGUUGCAUAUCGCCGCAGAGGGUGGAGACACUGAUGUCAUUGAUCUUAUCCAUAGUCACUUGCCGAACAUUGAGUCCAAAACAGCCGAGGGUUACACGCCACUAAUGCUGGCGGCUUUGAGUGGCAAAUUAUACGCAGUAAAAUGGUUUCUUGAGAAUGGGGCAGAUGUAACCUGUGUUGAUAAUAUAGGAAGGAAUAUGUUACAUUUUGCCGCAGUGGGUGGAGACACUGAUGUCAUUGAUCUUAUCCAUACUUACUUGCCAGACAUUGAGUCCAAAACAGCCGAGGGUUGCACGCCACUAAUGCUGGCGGCCUCGACUGGCAAAUUACAAGCAGUGAAAUGGUUUCUUGAGAAUGGGGCAAAUGUAACCUGUGUUGCUACAGAAAGAAGGAACAUGUUACAUUUCGCCGCAAACGGUGGAGACACUGAUGUCAUUGAUCUUAUCCAUACUCAUAUUCCAGACAUUAAGUCCAAAACAGCUGAGGGUUACACACCACUAAUAGUGGCGGCUUUGACUGGCAAAUUACACGCAGUGAAAUGGUUUCUUGAGAAGGGGGCAAAUGUAACCUGUGUUGAUAAUAUAGGAAGGAAUAUGUUACAUCUCGCUGCAGUGGGUGGAGACACUGAUGUCAUUGAUCUUAUCCAUACUUACUUGCCGGACAUUGAGUCCAAAACAACCGAGGGUUACACGCCACUAAUGCUGGCGGCUUCGACUGGCAAAUUACACGGAGUAAAAUGGUUUCUUGAGAAGGGGGCAAAUGUAUCCAGUGUUGGAAACAGAANAUGGAGCAUGUUACAUUUUGCUGCACAGGGUGGAGACACUUGUGUCAUUGAUCUUAUCCAUACUCACUUGCCGGACAUUGAGUCCAAAACAGCCGACGGUUACACGCCACUAAUGCUGGCGGCUUUGACUGGCAAUUUACAAGCAGUGAGAUGGUUUCUUGAGAAGGGGGCAAAUGUAACCUGUGUUGCUAAAGAAAGAAGGAACAUGUUACAUUUUGCCGCAGAAGGUGGAGACACUGAUGUCAUUGAUCUUAUCCAUACUCAUUUUCCAGACAUUAAGUCCAAAACAGCCGAGGGUUACACACCACUAAUGAUGGCGGCUUUGAGUGGCAAAUUACACGCAGUGAAAUGGUUUCUUGAGAAGGGGGCAGAUGUAACCUGUGUUGAUAAUAUAGGAAGGAAUAUGUUACAUUUUGCCGCAGUGGGUGGAGACACUGAUAUCAUUGAUCUUAUCCAUACUUACUUGCCAGACAUUGAGUCCAAAACAGCCGAGGGUUACACGCCACUAAUGCUGGCGGCUUUGACUGGCAAAUUGCAAGCAGUGAAAUGGUUUCUUGAGAAGGGGGCAAAUGUAACCUGUGUUGCUAACAAAAGAAGGAAUAUGUUACAUUUCGCCGCAGAGGGUGGAGACACUGAUGUCAUUGAUCUCAUCCAUACUCACUUGCCAGACAUUGAGUCUAAAACAGCCGAGGGUUACACGCCACUAAUGGUGGCAGCUUCGACUGGCAAAUUACAAGCAGUGAAGUGGUUUCUUGAGAAGGGGGCAAAUGUAAACUGUGUUGAUAACUACAGAAGGAAUAUGUUACAUUUCGCCACAGCGGGUGGAGACACUGAUGUGAUUGAUCUUAUUCGUACUCGCUUGCCGGUCACUGACUUUAAAACAGCUGCCGGUUCUACUCUUCUAAUCAUUGCUGUUCUUUUUGGCAUGGUGCAAGGUGUAAACUAUCUUUUUCUUUUUGUUUUGUUUUGUUUGUUUGUUCGGUUUUUUUUUUAACAACAACAAUUUAGUUCAAGACUAGAAAUAUAACUAAAUACAUUGUUUUCUCCUCGCAAGUAGCUUAUGAACUUAUCGAGGCGGGGAGAUCCAAGGAUAGUUUAUAAGUACAGGACUUAUCUAUGGAUGGACUAAAUAAACAAUGAUAACGGUAUUGUACAGUAAAUAGAAUAAGGAUCAAACAGAGCAAGUAUAUUAAGAUUAGGACAAAAGGCUAGCCUAAGGUAUUAAUAAGAUAUUAAUAAGGUUUAAUAAGACGGGAGACUUCGACAUAAUCAUCUUCUGACUGAGAGAGUCUAGCGAUUUUCUAGAACGUCCAUCAUCAUCAAUUAAGUUAUUAAACAGUGGAUGGGCAGAAGUUAAAACUUUACAGUUAUAAUAAGCUAAAUCCGCGAGUAGGGUCUUAUUUUCAGUCGCACACAGUUUCUUUGUUUUACAAGACUUAUAUCGUGUACAACAGAAAUUUUAAUAAAAUCUAACCUUCUGUCGCCAG